GGGCCGGUGAGGAUGCGGGGUCAAGUACCGUGCAGCCUGCUGCUCGAGUAAAGUCGCGCAUCACAUUGCCGCCUCCCAGUUAUCCCUCAGCCGCACAUUCCGUCGUAGCGGUGCGAUUCCGAGUGGAGAGUCUACAGAGGGAGAUUCGUGUCAGUCCGUCCCGUAGGAUUGACUUUCGGGCGAUCUCUCCUUCUCCCUUUGAGAUCCCCAUAUAAACCUUCUAGAAGCCCACACCAUCCCCACACGCCAACUCUCCUACUGCACGUAAUCUGAUCUGAACCUCGGAGACAUACAUCCAUCUUACCUGCGUUGUGAUUCAGCGUGAUCUGCGUAAUCACGAACCCACGAACCUGUCACUUGAUUCUCUUACCUCUCCCGACAGACCAUGCGUCGGGCGAGAGAACACAAUGAAAACAGGACAGCGUGUCUGAACAACAACUUCACUCGGCUCUGAACGAAUGUGAGAUAGACCACGGAACUCUCUGGCGUAUCCGAAACCCUUCUCGGCUGGGGCGCGGACAGACGACGAGCCAUGCCGGCGCUCUCUUCCGUGUCGCUAAUGAAUACGCUCGUCGUUCGAAACGCGACAGCUGCCAAUGCAACCGCCAACCCAUAUUUGCAGGUCGUAUGCGCGUGGCCUGUAUCCGGCCAGUAUGGGUUAGGCUCACGAAUAUUAUACUAUGUCCUUGUUGCUGCGUGCGUGUUUGCUCGGAACGUGAAAUGGUUGAGAAAAGCUUGUUUAGCGGCCACAUUGCUCUUCCCCGCCGUUGCUGCUCUCCAUGGCAUCGUUCUCGCCGCGGUACCCACGGAUGGCGGUAUUGAUUUGGACAUCUUUGGGGCGUUCCAGCUCUGCUCGAUAGGCAUCUUGGCCGCUCCAGUGACGGUCAAGGUGUCAGGAACAUAUUUUAACGACCCUGGCCGGAACGCCAUCUUUGCGUGGACCGGUCUCAUCCUGUCUGGUCUGCUCAGCCUGACGGUCCAGUUCUUCAGGCUUUCAACAAAGGACUGCAUUCACGACGAGUUUGGACAUGCAGUAUCCCCAAAGGCGAGCGAAUUCGGCUACAACACGACGUGUGGUCUCAUCUGUAACACUGAUCAAGGCCCGUUCUCCCCCAUGCGAGGUGGCUCAGCAGACGACGUCUACGUAGUCCCAGCGCCGGAUAUACUCACCUUCGGCAUGGCCACACUGCUGUCAGCUGCUUGUUGCAUCCCCGCCGUCCUCUCGCUGAUAUCCAUGUGGUAUAAGAUCCUCGAGAUCAAGUGGAAGACAAGCUUUGGCGAUGGAGGGGAAGAAAACAAGAUAAUCGACGGGACGAAUGGCGCCACUAAUGCCGCGAUGAUGCGUGUCAAAAACCAAGUUAGGAAAUUCAUGCUUGCCGUCGAAAUCCCCGUGUUUGGUGCCGCCGUGCUCGCCAUCCUCAUCAUCGGCGAGAGGAAUUUCUUCAGCGCGCAGGUCAGGUAUAAAACGGAACCCAUGGCUAGUAUUGGCCAAUGGGCACCUAUCGCAGGAACUGUUCUUGCCGUGAUGGGAUCGCUAUACCUGCUCUUAGCAGGCGGUGAACUAGAAGAACGACUCGAUACCCCUAGAGAUGGCCAUGUUCCAUCGCCCGACUCUGUCAUCUCUGCGGAUACGGAUGACCUUGAACGGCGCAGCGUGAAUGCAGCGCGAGAAUCGAGCGAACCAGACGCGCGAUCUACGGCUAUGGGACGUAGCUUUUCUACCCCUGGCGAGACAUCAGGACAGUCUAGAAUGGCGAAACUCGGCAGGUCUACGACGGGCUCUACAAUGGACGUUGGCAACAGACGAAAUAUAGCCAAAAUAUUAGAAAAGUUCAGCGACAUCACCCACCCUUCAGCAGAGCGAUUUAACUACGACGCGUUUAAGCAUGGAAUAGCAGCAGGCUGGCCAACCCUGCCCGGCGAAGAGGAGCGAAACCCGAAGUUGAAUCAGACAAGAAAACAGUUCAACGAGUCCCGGGAUGUAGAUGGGAGUGUUGCACCGAUGCGACCGUCGAGAGCAGCGAGCUUUACAGGAAGCGCAGCCUCGAUACGCCAUCCGUCGCCAUCGCCUUCGCAUAGCCCGCGCGAUGCCUCGUUCCCAUUCGACCGGACAUCAUCUGAGAUGCAUACCAUCUCAACGCCGCCAGGUGCUUUGAUGAGAGGUAGGGCGAGGAGGGAUACGCUCGAGGUGCCGACGAUAUCUCAUCAUAGUCUACAAACGAACUCAUCUUUCGUCGAGGCGGUACCUGACAGCCCGAGUUCGCCUAUAAUUAUCAUAUCUAAAACGACAGAGAACGAUAAGUAGUUAACUAGAUUUUAUGUAUAUUACAUGUAAUUAAAAUCAUAAGAUAAUAAAUAAAACAUCUAUAACU